AUGGUCGCGACACGCUCCCGAGGCAAAGCCACGGGCGAUGCCGCCGCCACAAACAACACCACCGCCUCCACACUGAAGGCGCCACCGAAGCGCGCUGUUAAGCGCAAGGCCGCCGACGAAGUCCCCGCGCCCGAACCCGGCAAGGCGUCUGCACAGCAGCCGGCAAAGAGGAAGAGGACAGCAGCCGCCGCUGCCACCGCUGAGCUCGAGAAGCCUGCGACACGUACGACAAGGCGGGCAGCAAAGCCCGUCGAGGAGCCUCAGGCUGAGGCAUCUGAAGCGCCCAAGCCGGCAAAGCGGGCCACCCGCGGUCGCAAGGCUGCUGAGCCUGCCGUGCCCGUUGUUGAACCCGAGAAGAAGAUCGAGGAGCCAGCGCCCACAAAGACCACUCGCGCACGCAAGGCUCCCGGCAAGGUGACCAAGGCUGUCGCCACAAAAGCAGUCAGGCUGCCUCCGGCUUCAUCAGCUCCAAAGCGUGCAACUCGCGCUACCAAGGCCACCGUCUCGAUUGCUGCGCCAAUCGUCGGUGCGCGUGCAACUGACUCGCCUCUCAAGAAGCCGGCGCGCAAGCCUGCGAAGAAGACCCCGACAAGGAAGACCGCCACCAAGGCUGUCGUCGAGAACAAGGCUGCAGUCGCGCCUGUCGAGGAGCCCUUCGCCGAGUUCCCGACCUAUCCGAGUACACCGGGUCACAUUGUUGCACCCAUCUCCGGCCGUGAUGCGCUCAAAGAGCUCCCUGCUGGAUAUCCGGAGACUCCCGCUCACAUCGCAGCGCCCAUCUCUUCGCGCGAUGCGCUCAAAGAGCUGCCUGCAGGCUACCCAAGCACUCCAGCACACAUCUCCGCACCUACUUCAAGCGGUGAUGCUUUCAAGGAGCUUCCAAUCGGCUACCCCAACACUCCCGCCCACAUCAUUGCGCCGGCUCAGCAAGAUAACGGAAUGCUUGAGCAGUCCGAGCAGCAAAGCGCAGCUCAACAAGACAACUCCUCCAAGCCGUUCCCCACUUCCUUUAGUGUCCCAGACUCCUCUGACGAUGAAGACGAGGACGAAGAUGAAGACAUUGCUGAGCCUCUUGCCGUGAAUGUGCCUAGCUCUCACACGGCGACUCCUUCAAAGAUCGCGAGCUCCCCGAAGACGCCAAAGGCAAAGACCCCAGUCCAGAGCGAAGAAGCCUUACAAGCCAUGUUGAACCAGGAGGCCCUCGAGGAACUUCCAGCCGACUAUCCCAGGACUCCUGCGCAGUUCAUCGACGCCUACGGGAACAAGGAGGCUUUCAACCAGCUUCCGGAGUAUCCCAAGACCCCGGCACACGUUGCAGAGGCGUACGGCAACCAGAAGGCGCUUGACGAGCUGCCCGGCUACCCUAAGACUCCUAAUCACAUCAUGUCGGCUCAGAAGAAUCAGAAGGCAUUUAAGGAGCUCGCCGCCGAAUACCCUUCGACCCCUGAUGAAUAUGUGGACGCGUCCGAGAACCUACAAGCCUUCAAGCAGAUGGCUGAAUACCCGAAGACUCCGGCUCACAUUAAUGCGCCUAUGUCUACCCGGGAGGCGCUCAAGGAGCUCCCGAUUGAUUAUCCAGCCACCCCGGCUCACAUCAUGACUGUCAAGCAAGGGCUCGACCAAUUGCCCGGUUAUCCAAAUACGCCGGCCCUCAAGAACGUCACGAGCACUCCGGCGCAGCAAUCGAGCGCAUCGAAGUCGGCGAGCGACAAUGGAUCUGAGGAAUUCGAGUCGGCGCUAGAUGUGACUGAGUCAGACUUGAUGCAGAUCGAUGGUGAUGACUACAUCGUCAAGAGCACGCCUCCGAAGGUGAACUUCAAUAUCAACGGCAGCAUUAGCCUGGCGCCAACGCUGGCUCCCCCGGUAUCGGCUGCCCGCGCUUCCCCGACCAAGUCUGCUCUGCGCUCACCGUUGAAGAAUGGCGCCAAAACUCCCAAGAAACAGGUCACCUGGCCUGAGGAUUUCGAAGCCGACGAGGACGAGACAUUCGAUUUUUCUGUCAUUCUUCGCGGUACACGAUUCUUGGUCGAUGUGACAUCGAAUGGUGAAGACCAAAGCCUAUUCUUUACAACCACGCUCGAGGAGAUGGGCGCUCAGGUCUUCCGUGAGUGGACGGAGACUACCUCGUUGACCCACGUCAUCUUCAAAGAAGGCUCUCAAGAGACCAUCGACAAGAUUCGCGCCUCUAACGGCACGGUCAAGUGCAUCAACACAGGUUGGUUGGUAGACGUUGAGAACACGAAGAAGCGCGUAAAUGAGAACAAAUACCUCAUCGAUCUGUCUACAGCCACGGUCUGUACGCCUGUGGCCCGCACCCCUCGGAGGCGUGAUUUCUUUACUCCGGCGAAGACUCCCACAAGGUUCCUCAACAACAUCGAGUCCAGCUCUGCUGCAAAAUCGGUUGAAGAUAUUCCGGCCACACCAACCUCUUCCGAUUUCGAUCGAUCCUUGGCUUCCAUCGAAGAUAAGGAGAACAGCUUCGAGGACAGCACCUUCUUUAAGAAGUUCUCAUUGUCUGUUCCAGCAAAGAAGCCAUGGCGGAUGGCCAAAGCCCCAACGAAGACUCCGACUAAAGAGAGUCUGCUUCGUGAGGCUCCAGUCAAGAGCUCGAUAUUCAGUGAGCGCCCCGUCAAGAGCUCCAUGAUCAGUGAGCGCCCCGUCAAGAGCUCCAUGUUUAGCCAGCCUCCUGUCAAGAACCCGUUCUUCGGAUCGACUGCGGCUAAGGAUCCCCUGUUCAGCCAGCCCCCGAUCAAGGGCCCGCUCUUCCGCACGGGUCCUAUGAAAAGCUCUUCACUGUUCGGUCAGUCUCCUUCGAAGCCCUCCUCGCUUGACCGACCCGCUUCGCCGGACACUUGGUUCGACCAGCAGGCGAAGAAGUCUUCCUCUUUGCUUGGACAGGGUCCAGUGAAGUCCUCAACCUUGCUAUCACAGAGUGUACAAAAGCCGGUUACUUCUGGUCGAUUCUCCGCUCUGCUAAACGGCGUGCCUUCAACCCCUACUGCCAACCGUGUGGCGCCGCCUGUGAACUUCUUGUCGACUCACAAGAAGAGGACGGCGGCUCAGAGCUUCGGUGGCAGCAUCACGACUCCGGCGAAGAAGUUCCGGGGUCUGUUCUAG